AAGACCUGAAUCUGUAUCUAUCUUAUUUCUUCUCUCCCGCAGCAAUGCUGGAGAUUUAGCGGCUCUUUGUCUUAUUUUCUGCUCUUUCUCUUUCUGUGUUCCAAUUUUUGUUUUCGUCUCCUUUCAUUGAAGCUCUUUUUGCAGCAACCAUGGCGUCUAGAACCAAAACCGGCUUGAUGGAGACUCCUCGUAGUAAACCAUCGCCACCACCUCCUCGAGUCAGUAAACUCAGUGGUUCUAAAUCCGAUGGCAAUUCGGCUUCGUCGGUGCCAAAUACUCGUCUCUCGCUUGACCGUUCUCCUCAAACAGUUAACUCAAAGCCUGCUCGGACUUCUAGAGUUCCUACACCCGAGAAAGUGCAGUCACGGUUGGUAAAAGGGUCGGAGCUUCAGGCGCAGUUGAAUCCAAUUCAGGAGGACUUAAAGAAAGCUGAGGAGCAAAUAGCAUUGCUCAAGAAAGAUAAAGCUAAAGCCAUAGAAGAUCUUAAAGAAUCCGAGAAACUUGCGGAAGAAGCCAAUGAGAAACUCAGAGAGGCAUUCGCAGCUCAGAAACAAGCUGAGGAGAGUUUCGAGAUGGAGAGAUUCCGAGCUCUUGAGCUGAAACAGGCUGGACUUGAAGCCGUUCAGAAAAAGGAAGAGACUUCGAGGAACGAGCUAGAGUCUAUCAGAAGCCAGCACGCGUUGGACAUCUCAGCUCUCCUCUCUACCACAGAAGAACUCCAGAGGAUGAAGAAUGAACUGGCUAUGACCGCUGAUGCUAAAAACAAGGCGCUAACCCAUGCUGAGGAAGCGACGAAGAUUGCUGAAAUCCAGGCUGGGAAGGCCGAGAUCCUUUCUUCUGAAUUAGGCCGGUUAAAGGCAUUACUCGGUUCAAAGGAAGAAAAGGAAGCUAUUGAAGGUAACGAGACCGUGUCUAAACUAAAGUCUGAAAUUGAAGUCUUGAGAGGAGAGCUUGUCAAAGUCAGUGCCCUUGAGAAUAGUAUUAAAGAGAAAGAAGGAUCAAUUGAACAACUUAACGUUGAACUAGAAGCUGUUAAAAUGGCUGAAUCUUCCGCCAAUAUUUUAGCAGAAGAAUGGAAGAACAAGGUUCAUGAACUUGAGAAACAAGUUGAAGAAUCAAAUAGAUUGAAGACAUUUGCUUCAGAAUCUAUGGAAUCAGUUAUGAAGCAGCUUGCUGAAUGUAAUCAGGUGCUGCAUGAGACGAAGUCAGAUAAUGCUGCACAAAUAGAAAAGAUUGAGUUGUUAGAAAUAAAAAUUGAAGCGCAGAAAAAUGAUCUAGAGGAAUAUGGACAACAAGUUUGCCUCGCAAAAGAAGAAGCUUCGAAGAUGGAAAAACUUAUUGAAUCAAUAAAAUCUGAACUUGAGACCUCCCAAGAGGAAAAAAGUAGGGCCUUGGACAACGAAAAGGCUGCAACGUCAAAUAUUCAGAAUCUACUGAAUGAAAAGACAGAACUUUCAGUAGAGUUGGAACGCUGUACGAUGGAAGAAGAGAAGAGCAAGAAAUAUAUUGAGACCUUAGUGUCAGCUUUGCAGGAAGCAUCGACUGAAGCAAGGGAAGUGAAAGAGAAGCUCUUAGCAUGUCAAGUGGACAUCAAGCAGUGUGAAGCCCAGGUUGACAGAUUAAAGUUAGAUUCAAAGGAGACAAAUGAAAAGUACGAAAAAAUGCUUGAGGAUGCAAGAAAUGACAUUAGUAGUCUGAAAAGUGCUUUACAUAGCAUCCACAGCGAGUUUGAGAAGUCUAAGGCUGAGUGGGAACAGAAAGAGCUUCAUUUGAUGGAUUGUGUAAAGAAAUCAGAAGAAGAAAAUUCGUCUUUACACGUAGAAGUAAGCAAGUUGGUGAAUUCGCUCAAUGAAAGUGAAGAAUAUGCACGUGCAAGUAAGGAGGAAGAAGCCAAUCUAAAUAAUAAUCUUAAAGAGGCUGAAGGGGAGAUAAAAUAUCUACAGGAAACACUUGGAGAAGCAAAAGCUGAAAGCAUGAACAUGAAAGAGAGCUUGUUAGACAAAGAAGAUGAGCUAAAGAAUGUCAUUGCAGAAAAUAUCAGCCUUAGAGAAUGGGAAAGUUCUGUACUUGAGAAAAUCGAGGAGUUGUCAAAGGUAAAAGAAAGCUUGUCUGACAAAGAAACCAAGCUGUUGAGCAUUACUCAAGAAGCUGAGGAGCUGAAAGUAAGGGAGGCUUCUCAUACGAAGCAGAUUGAGGAGUUGUCAAUGGCAAAUGGAAAAUUGGUUGAUAACAUAACCAAAUUGCAUAGUAUUAUUCAAGAAAGUGAGGAUCUCAGAGAAAGGGAAGCUUCUUAUUUCAAGAAGAUUGAGGAGUUAUCAGUGGCGAAUGAGAGCCUGGUUGAUAACAUAACCCAUCUACACAGCAUUACUCAAGAAAGUAAGGAUCUCAGAGAAAGGGAAGCUGCUUAUCUCAAGAAGAUUGAGGAAUUGUCAGCCGCAAAUGAGAGCUUGCUUGAUAAAGAGAUCAAACUGAAGUGCAUUGAUCAAGAAUCUGAUGAGCUCAGAGGUAGGGAGGCUGCUCAUUUGAAGAAGAUUAAGGAGCUAACAAAGAUGAAUGAGUGCUUGGUUGAUAUGCAGAAUGUUUUUCAAGAAAGCGAGGGUCUCAGAGAAAGGGAUGCUGCUUAUCUUAAGAAGAUUGAGGAAUUGUCAAUAGCGAAUGGGAGCUUGGCUGAUAACAUAACCAAUCUGCAAAAAAUUUCUGAAGAAAGUAAGGAGCUCAGAGAAAGAGAGACUGUAUUCCUUAAGAAGACCGAGGAGUUGUCACUGUUGAAUGAAAACUUAGUUGAUAAAGAGACCAAAUUGCAAACAGUUGUUCAAGAAAACGAGGAAUUGAGAGAAAGAGAGUCGGCGUAUCUUAAAAAGAUUGAGGAGUUUUCGAAGUUGCAUAAACUCUUUGCUGAUAAGGAAUCCAAACUCCAGAGUUUUAUUCAUGAAAAUGAAGAGCUCAAAGAAAGGGAGACUGCUUAUCUUAAGAAGAUUGAGGAGUUGUCAAAGGUGCAAGAGGAUCUUCUUAUUAAAGAAAAUGAGUUGGAUGGUUUGGUUGUGGAGAUUGACGACCUUAGAUCCAAGGACUCUCUAGCACAAAAGAGGAUAGAAGAUUUAUCAAAUUUUAAUACUAGUUUUCUAGUUAAAGAGAAUGAGUUACAGGCUGUCGUUUGCGAAAACGAGGAGCUGAAGUCGAAGGAGGUUUCAUCAUUAACGACAAUAGACAAGCUGUCAGAUCUUAGACAAAGUUUGCUUCAUAAAGAAAAGGAGCUGAAGGCUGCAAUUGUUGAAAAUGAGAAGCUCAAGGCUGGAGCAGCCUCAUCCCUUCAGAGGAUUGAAGAAUUGACAAAUCUUAAACAGAGUUUGCUUGAUAAGCAGAACGAAUUGCAGGGUGUAUUUCAUGAAAACGAGGAGCUCAAAGCCAAGGAGGCUUCGUUAUUGAAAAAGAUUGAUGAGUUGUUACAUCUUGAGCAAAGUUGGCUUGAUAAGGAAAGUGAAUUUCAAAGAGUUACUCAAGAAAACGAAGAGCUUAAAACGCGGGAAUCUUUAUCAGCAAGGAAAAUAGAGGAGUUGUCGAAGCUGAAAGAGAAUUUACUAGAGAGAAAAAACGCGUUGCAGAAUGUAAUCCUGGAGAAUGAUGAGCUGAAGGGUAGGGAAGCUGCCUCUCUUCAGAAAAUGGAGGAAUUAUCAAAGAUUCUAGAGGAAGUCUCUCCCAUCAAAGAGAGACCAGAUCUUGGAAACGGCGAGCUCACCAACAUCGGAAACGAUUAUGACGUAAUUCAGUUUUCCGAAGUAAACGGUCCUGGGCGUGCCAAGGAGAAGACAAAGACGACUGAUACUUUUCAUAACAGAAGCAGGAAACAUAUGAUGCAAGAAAGUCCUAUGGAAGCUAUUGAUAAACAUUUAAUGGGUGAAAGAAAAGCAACUCAUAAAGUAGCUCACAGAAUUGAAGGAGAAGGAAAAGUAGAGAAAGACGGUGUGGAGUCUGAAUUCAAGAUGUGGGAGAGCUACACGAUAGAAAGAAGCGAAAUAUCUCCAGAGAGAGAGACUGAGCUCGACUUUGUUCAAGAGGAAGUUGAGUCGAAAGCUGAAGGAAGUGAGAACUUGGAUCAAUUCAGCAAUGAUUUAUCUUCAGACCACACUGAAGACUCUGGAUCUGCUCUUAAAGGAACAACAUAUGAAGAAGAAGAAACCAUUGCUCCGGAAAUUCGGUAACCUGCUUAAAAAGAAGAGUACAAGCAGCAGCAGUCAGAAGUAGAGGAUGAUCUCUUUGCAACUGAGCAUUUCUUGGUUCAUAUUUUUAAUCUUAAUGAGUAUAGCUUUAAAUUUGAUCAACGUAUUUAAUCUAAAUGCUUCCACGUGGCUACCAAAUCAAGAUUUAGAUUGUCUAUGACAUUAAACACUUGCCCUUUGAUCUUUUUCUCUUAAUUUUUUG